CCUGCGCGGAAGCCCUUAAGAGGGCUGGUGGCACGGGCGUUCCGCGCGGGCGUGGCUCCUUGGCCAUGGCGGAGAAGCCGGGCCAAGAUGCGGACUCAGGUCCUAAGCCAACCGUGCUGUUCCUGCACCCAGACCUGGGCGUGGGCGGCGCCGAGCGACUGGUGCUCGACGCAGCGCUGGCGCUGCAGGCGCGCGGAUGUAGCGUGAAGAUCUGGACGGCGCACUACGACCCGGGCCACUGCUUCGCGGAGAGCCGUGAGCUGUCGGUGCACUGCGCCGGGGACUGGCUGCCUCGCAGCCUGGGCUGGGGCGGCCGUGGCGCCGCUGUCUGCGCCUACGUGCGCAUGAUGUUCUUGGCUCUCUACGUGCUGUUCCUUGGCGAUGAGGAGUUCGACGUGGUCGUGUGCGACCAGGUGUCUGCCUGUAUCCCCGUGUUCAAGCUGGCCAGACGGCAUAAGAAAAUCCUGUUUUACUGUCACUUCCCAGAUCUGCUUCUCACCAGGAGAGAUUCUUUUAUUAAACGCCUAUACAGGGCCCCAGUCGACUGGGUAGAGGAAUAUACGACAGGCAUGGCAGACUGCAUCUUGGUCAACAGCCGGUUCACAGCUGCCGUUUUCAAGGAAACGUUCAAGUCCCUGUCUCACAUAGACCCUGCUGUCCUCUACCCGUCUCUGAAUAUCGUCAGCUUUGAUUCUGCUAUUCCUGAAAAGCUUGAUGACAUAGUCCCCCAGGGGAAAAAAUUCGUAUUCCUCUCCAUCAACAGGUAUGAAAGGAAGAAAAAUCUGACUUUGGCACUAGAAGCCCUUGUAAAGCUGCGUGCAAGAUUGACAUCCCAAGAUUGGGACAAAGUUCAUCUCAUCAUUGCAGGGGGUUAUGAUGAGAGAGUCCUGGAGAACGUACAGCACUACCAGGAACUGAAGAACAUGGUCCAGCAGUCUGACCUCGGUCAGUAUGUGACCUUCCUUCGGUCUUGCUCAGACAAACAGAAAAUCUCACUCCUCCGAGGCUGCACGUGUGUGCUUUACACACCAAGCAAUGAGCACUUUGGCAUCGUUCCCUUGGAGGCCAUGUACAUGCAGUGCCCCGUCAUUGCUGUUAAUUCAGGUGGGCCCUUGGAGUCCAUCGUCCACAGUGUCACAGGGUUUCUGUGUGACCCUGACCCAGAACACUUCUCAGAAGCAAUAGAAAAGUUCAUCCAUGAACCUUCCUUAAAAGCCACAAUGGGACUGGCUGGAAGAAACUGGGUGAAAGAGAAGUUUUCCCCUGAAGCAUUUACCGAACAGCUUUACCAAUAUGUCACCAAACUGCUGGUAUAGUUGUUUUUUGUUUUUUUUGAAGUUUUUAUGCUGUAUUCAUUAAUAUCACAUUUGUAGAUUAUACACCCAGCUUUGAAACCAAAGGAAAACAACCUAGUAUCUAAUACAGAAGAAAAUUUUUUUAAAUAUA